CAUUCCGCCCCACCCCUUACAAACAUCACCACUGUACCUAAAUCAGGAAGCACCGAGACGUUUUCUUUUCUUUUUCGUUGUUUUUUUUUUUUUUUUUUUUUUACGGAGACACUUUGGUGAUUACAGCAAAAGGCGAACCAUAAAGGGGAAAAAGGCGUUAUUGUUGGUACCGACCACCGUCGACCGCUGCUGAAAGAAGACUGUCAGUUGGUUACAUCCAGUACAAGGCUCAGCUGUGGAUGCAUUUGACAACCGGACCCUUCUAACCGGAGAAGGUCUCUGUCAGCAGCAUGGGCCAGCAUCUAGGAAAGAGGGAGUCACCGACAGACAGCAGGGCUUCGUCACCUGAACCCAGAGCAGCAGCAGCAGCAGCAGCAGAUCCUGAAGCACAAGAUGAAGUCUUUGACCUGGGUGAGGCAGAUGUGAACCAGAACAAUGGCUGCGUCUUGGAGAAGCCGGCGGUGACUGACUCCACGGGCGCUGAGGGCCCCCGCCAGCCCUGGACCCCCGCCAGCACAGCUGACCCUGACGCAGCCACACCACGCCCCCACCUGGUCCGCCUCUUCUCCCGAGAUGCCCCGGGCCGAGAGGACAACACCUUCAAAGACCGACCCUCCGAAUCGGACGAGCUGCAGACCAUCCAGGAGCACAGCGGAGCGGCUUCAGAGUGCGGGUCGGAGAGCCCCGAACAGGACCUAGAAUAGGCUAGCUUUUUUUCCCUCCCUCCCUCUCUUUUCUCUUUUCCCUCCUCUGUCUUUCGGUCUCAUUUAAGAGAGAGGCAAGAACCCCACAUUUGACAAAUACAAAUAUACGACCAACCA